AAACACUGGCUAUCAGUUGAAACGUCAACAACCAAAUCCGCCGGUCAUUCGGCAAAUAGUUUGCAAGAGAUGUAAAUUCCGCAGCGCGCUAGUUCCAACCAUCAUGACCGGAAUUCUUGGUGCCGGCAUUAGCGGCCUAUCGGCGGCUCAUUAUUUGGUGAGAAAAACAGCGGCAGCCUUGCCGUUAACCAUCUACGAGGCUUCAGAUCGCGUUGGUGGAUGGAUACGCUCGGAACCGUUUAUCGAUCAGGGUUACGUGUUCGAAGCUGGGCCGCGUACGAUACGGCCCAAGGGACCGGCGGCAGCAAACACACUCGAGCUGAUCGAGGAUCUUGGUCUAGCGGAUCAGGUUUACUCCAUCAACUCCAAUCACACCGCCGCCCGGAACCGAAUGAUUUACGCCAAGGGGCAGCUAAACCUUCUGCCGUCAAGCAUCGGCGGAUUGCUGAAAACUGUGCCACCCUUCACGAAGCCACUGUACUUUGCGGCCUUUCACGAUUUGCUGGCCGGACGAUCGAAAGAGGCGCUCCAGGAUGAGUCCAUGUACUCGUUCGUGGAACGCCGCUUCGGUAAGGAGAUCGCCGAUUACGCCAUUAGCUCGAUGCUGUGCGGUAUCUGUGCCGGCAAUGCAAAGGAGAUAAGCGUAAAAUUUCUGAUGAAGGAACUGUUCGAGCGGGAACAACGGCACGGCGGAGUUAUCAAAGGUUUGCUGGUGGAGGCAUUGCGAAAUCGAAGCAAGUCGAAGCCUCAGCGGGACUCUGCGGCUGGAACGCAAAGCGGCAAGCUGGCUCAACGGGCGAAGGCGGAAAACUGGAGCAUCUACUCGAUCCGUGGCGGCCUUCAGACACUACCAGACACAUUAGCCAAGGAUCUGCAAUGUAAAGGCGUUUCCAUAGUAACCGGGACCAAGUUUGAGGAGAUGGUGUUCGAUCGCGAUCGCAUAAUGCUGCGGGUCGACGGCAAGGAACAGUUGCUUCAGCAUGUCGUUAGCAGCAUCCCUAGCUACAAACUGGCCAAACAUGUUGAGACGCAACACCCGCAACUGUCCGCCGCGUUGCGAAGCAUCCCGUUCGUGGAUGUUUGUGUCGUUAAUCUGCAGUACCGUCGGACUGAUUUGCUGAAACAGGACGGUUUCGGACUGUUGGUGCCUCCGAUCGAAAACCUCCCAAUUUUGGGAGUCAUCUUCGAUAGCUGCUGCUUCGACAUGGUAGACAACACCGUUCUGACGGUGAUGAUGGGCGGUGCCUGGUUCGAGCAAUGGUUCGGCAAAAACCCCUCCGAAGAGCAGCUGCUGGAGGUGGCACUGGCCAAUGUAGAUAAGAUUCUGCACAUAGGCCAGCGCCCUGACGCGUACAAAGUGAAUCUACUCCGUCGAUGCAUUCCCCAGUACACCGUUGGGCAUCAGGAGCGGGUGAAAGCGGCCCGUGACUACAUCGAUCAGCAUCGGCUUCCGAUCGUACUGUGCGGUGCAUCGUACGACGGCGUUGGCGUGAAUGAUGUUAUUCUAUCCGCCCGAAAGAGCGUAGAGGCCCUGCAAAGCAAAUAGACUGCACACACGAUUAAUCGGCUGACUGGCUCACGAGCCCUUUAGGCAAAUAA